AGAAAAAUUACAAACAACAAAUAGAAAAAAAAAAGUACAUCGACAGUGACGCACAUAAUUUUCAGUCUCCCCAAUUACACUGCCUCAAUAAAAACAUUGAUCACCACCCUAAAAUUACUUUCGAUCUCCCAGUUGUACUCAGUCCAAAAAGAAAUUAUUGGGAUAUGAAAUUAUGAAUGGAUGAAUCUUUGUACACGAAUGUGUGUGUUUUUUUUUUUAAUUUAAAUAUUAAUUAAAUGUUUGAGAGAUAUAUACUGGUCCAAAAUCCAAAUGUCUACAACUACAACAUCGUCUCUCGUGUAUGUAAUUUGUGGAGACAAGAUAAUUUUAUACAAUUACAUUACUUUGUCUGAUCAUAUCAUAUAAUCAAUCAAAAUUCACAGACCAACUACCCCCAAAACCCUAGAAUUUCUCCACUCCAUUCUCUCACUUUUAAGUUUCUUGUAUGUAACCAUUAACCAACCAACUCCAACUCAACUACCUUCGUUUAUUUUCUCAUUAUCCUUUCAUGGCUGCCACGUCCUCUCCCAGCUCGCUCCAGCUACGCUUCGCUCUCAGUCCCGGAAACUCAAGGAGACCUCCUUCUCCUUCUCCUUUCCUUCUUGUACGGACCCAUGUGAGGAAGCAGAGUCCUUUGCUUCCUCGCCUACUUUGGGGUACGAAUGGGACUCGACUUGAACGACGUUGUUAUGUGGUUCCGUUGAUCAGGUCGGAUUCUAGCGUUGACGGGUUUUCGGGAUGGUCUGGUAAGGACGCCGGAGGAGAGGAAUCACUUGACUCGGAUAAGAAGAAAUGGUUUGGAGGGGCAGUGGGAGCAGGAGUAGCGGGAGUCGUUCUUGUUGCAGGGCUUACCUUUUCAGCAUUAUCUUUGGGAAAACGAAGCAUUUCCAAGGCAAAACACAUGGAGCCCUUAACAACGGAGCAGGAACUGUCAUUGUUUGCUGAUGAAAAAAUUGAUAACCUUUUGGGAGAUGAAAUUGAAGACGACACUGUGAAGCAAGACGCAAGUAGUCCAGAAGGUGGGACAGGUACUUAUAAGGAUUUAUCUUCAUCUUCUGAACUUGUUGAUGUUCCCAGUGAAAAUAGAGUUGGUGAUGAUUCUUUAAUCAGGGAUUUGUCUGUAUAUGAUGUUAAAAACACAUCUGAUGGUAUUGAUGCCAUCAACAAUUCUUCAAUUCAAGAAGAUUCACAACAUGACUUUACUUCUAAUGAUAAGUCAGUUGAUGCUGACACUGUCCCAACUUCAUAUAAUCUGUAUGAUUCUGAAAUUAGCAAUGAUUCAUCUGUCGUUUCUGGUUUUAAGGAGUUGGACAGUGACUCUGCUGUAGGUAUAGCAGAAUCAAUUCCUGAUAUUAAAGAGAUCCCAGUCAAUGUCGAAUCGAACAAUUUGCUCAUUUCCGAUGAUGUUCCAUCAAACUUAAGCCUUGAUAAGGAUACAAUUCCUAGUUCAAGCAGUGAUCAUUCUUUUGAUGAUAGUUCAGUUGCCCAAGUACCAUUUGAACCUGUGGCUCCUAAUGUGCCAUUUGGUUCCGAACCAAACACAAAUUUGGAACAACAUGUUGAUUCCGAAUCCAACAUAGCCUUGUCUUCAAACAAUGAAAAUCUUGAGUUGAGUGAUAUCCCUCAGGUCUCAGUUGAGAAAAAUAGUUUAACCUUGGAAUUGCAUAGCAUAAAUGAGGGUCAUUAUGAAAUUAAUGGAAGCACUUCAGAAUCACCCAAACCUGCGACUUCCUUCUCUUCUGCUGGCAUACCUGCUCCAUCUGUGGUUUUCUCAGCUCUACAGGUGCAUCCUGGAAAGGUGUUGGUUCCUGCAGUUGUUGAUCAGGCUCAAGGGCAGGCGCUAGCAGCAUUGCAAGUGUUAAAGGUCAUUGAGGCUGAUGUUCAACCUAGUGAUUUGUGUACACGGCGUGAGUAUGCUCGGUGGUUAGUGACUGCUAGCAAUGCUCUCUCAAGGAACUCAAUGUCUAAAGUAUAUCCUGCAAUGUACAUAGAAAAUGUGACUGAACUUGCAUUUGAUGAUAUUACUCCUCAAGACCCUGAUUUUGCAUCUAUUCAAGGUUUGGCCGAAGCUGGACUUAUAUCAAGCAAGCUUUCUAGAGGUGAUAUGCUUUCUUCUGUAGAGGAAGACCAUAGUUCAUACUUCUUCUCUCCGGAAAGCCCUCUAUCUCGUCAAGAUCUUGUAAGUUGGAAGAUGGCACUAGAGAAAAGGCAUCUGCCAGAAGCUGACAGAAAGGCACUCUAUCAAGUAUCCGGAUUUAUCGACACUGAUAAAAUACAUCAAGAUGCAUGUCCUGCCCUUGUUGCUGACCUGUCUGCUGGAGAACAUGGGAUUAUUGCUCUCUCAUUUGGCUACACAAGACUUUUCCAGCCAGAUAAGCCAGUGACAAAGGCCCAGGCUGCUAUUGCUCUAGCUACCGGUGAAGCUUCUGACACAGUCAGUGAGGAGCUUGCUCGUAUUGAAGCAGAAUCUAUGGCAGAAAAUGCUGUAUCUGCUCAUACAGCUUUAGUAGCUGAAGUUGAGAAGGAUAUUAAUGCAAGUUUUGAGAGAGAGCUUUUGCUAGAGAGAGAGAAGAUAGAUGCGGUGGAGAAAAUGGCAGAAGAAGCUACUCGUGAAUUGGAAAGGUUAAGAGCUGAGAGAGAAAAAGACAGUAUCACUCUAUUGAAGGAGCGUGCAGCUAUUGAAUCAGAAAUGGAAGUGUUGUCAAGAUUAAGACAUGAGGUAGAGGAACAGUUGCAGAGCCUUAUGAGUAACAAAGUAGAAAUAUCUUAUGAGAAGGAAAGAAUUACCAAACUUAGGAAAAAUGCAGAAGUUGAAAGUGAGGAAAUUUUGCGCUUACAACAUGACCUAGAGGUUGAAAGAAAAGCUUUGUCCAUGGCCAGGGCUUGGGCUGAAGAUGAGGCAAGAAGAGCAAGAGAACAAGCUAAGGUACUCGAGGAAGCUAGAGAUCGAUGGGAGAGACGUGGCAUCAAGGUGGUUGUUGACAAUGACCUCCGUGAAGAGUCCAUCGCUGAAGCUACAUGGGUUGAUGCCAGCAAGCAAUUUUCAGUUGAUGAAACUGUGGGCAGGGCCGAAAACUUGAUGGACAAGCUCAAGGCAAUGUCAGCAGGCAUAAGAGAGAAAUCCAGAAAUACACUUGAUAGAAUCAUUCAAACAAUAGCCUUGUUGAUAUCAAAUUUGAAGGAAUGGGCCUGCAAAGCUGGAAAAAGGGCUGAAGAUUUAAGAGAUGAUGCCAUUGCUAAGGCUAGUGGUUCGGCACAAAAGCUUCAGCAGAGCACCUCCGAGUUUAGCUCGGUCAUUAAAGAUGGUGCAAAGCGAGUUGCGGGAGAUUGUAGGGAAGGAGUGGAGAAACUCACCCAAAAAUUCAAGACAUGAUUUUGUAUAAUUUAGAUUUAGUUGUUACUUUUCCAUUCUUCUUUUUCCCUUUAAUAAUUUAAAAUGAGGCGACGAUGAGCUACUAAUAAGUUGAGAUAUGAUAUUGCUCUCUGUAUUCCCCCUUUCUUUCACCCAUUUUCCCCAUGAAUAAUAAGGUGGUUUGUCCUCAACUGAGAUCUGUAUUAAAGAAAGCAGUUCCAAAGAAA